CAUCACGGAUCUUCCUGCAAGCUGGAGAAGCUCUUAUAAAAGCUUUCAGAUUUCUCUUCCACAUUUUCUAUCUUUGAACAACUCCUAAACUCUCUCCAUCUUCUUCUUCUUUUUGUUUCUUCUAGUGUUUUUAUCUUCAACUGUUGCCACUUUUAACAACCAUGGAUGGCGGCCUUCAUUUGCUUCCAGGCUUCAGAUUUCAUCCAACUGAUGAAGAGAUUAUAACCCACUAUCUGUUAGAGAAGGUUAUGGAUCUAAGCUUCAAGUCAAUAGCCAUUGGUGAAGGGAGCUUCAAUGAGUGCGAGCCAUGGGAUCUUCCAGGAAAAGCUAAUAUGGGGGAGAAGGAAUGGUAUUUCUUCUGCAAAAGGGAUAGAAAGUAUCCCACAGGAAUGAGGACCAAUAGAGCCACAUCAAGUGGCUACUGGAAAGCAACAGGAAAGGAUAAGGAAAUAUUUAGGGGAAAAGGUUUCCUUGUUGGGAUGAAGAAAACCUUAGUGUUUUACAGUGGGAGAGCUCCGAGAGGAAUGAAGACAAAAUGGGUCAUGCAUGAAUACAGGCUUGAUGGAAAGUAUCAGUAUAAUAAAUUUUCCACAUCUCAUCAGGAUGAAUGGGUUGUUUGCAAGGUGUACAAUAAAAAGGAUACAAAGAAAGCACAACACAGCAGGAAAAGGAUGAACAGUUCCUUUGUGGAUGAUUUGUUAGUCGAAGCCCCCGAUCAAUCUCCACCUUUUGCAGAGCCUUCUUUCUUCUACAACUUUAGAAACAAAGACAAUGAGGAAGCAAAAGGAAAAGAAAAUGAAUAUAUGCAGUCAUUUUUCACAAUGAGGCCGGAAAAUCAAUUUAUGAGCCAUUUGCUACAGGAGGAAGCAAUGUUGAGGGCUGCAUCUAACUCUGAUGGAGCAUCUUUUUUCUUGAGUGGAAAUGGUGCUAAAAUAGAGAAGAAGUGGAACUCAAACUCGCACUCAGUCUUCAGUGCUUCAAUAGAUAAAGGAAUGAGCUCAGAAAGGAACUUGAAGGAGAUUGGCAGCUUUCAAUCAUACGAAAAAAAUCAUUCUACAGGUUUAGGACAAGUGGAUUUUGAUUGUAUGUGGGACAAUAGAUUGAUUUGAAGGCCAUUAAUAAUGCAAAGUAUUAUUGCUUUGCUCUCCAAGGAAUUCAUGCAUGUUUGCAUGUAUAUGUUGUUAUGUUGAUAAAUUAGU